AGGAGGAGAGAGAGAGGGAGUGAGAGAUGCCAUCCAAAUUACCUACAGAAAACAGUGAGUAGGGCUUCACUUCUGGAUCAGUAGGACACAGAAGACCUUACUUUGCUGCUACAAUGUUCCUUCAUUCUACCAAGACAGAAAUGUGCAGCAACUGCAGUGAUUUUCUUGAUCAGUAACAGAACAAGACACAACGGCCUUUACUCUUAAGGGAUCAGGGACUAACUGCCAUUCUCCAGCCUGCUGACCUGCUCGUCACAUUUUAUCUUUAUGAACUGGCUCUGUCUCUUUGUCCGCUAAUCUGUGACAAGAGGAUAAUUUCUCAUUUACUGCUGGGCAGUACAAGGAGAAUGAAUGCCCAGGAAGCGCUUGACAAUCACCUUAUGGGAGACACCAUGGAACGCAAGGCUUUAAGAGAGAGGGAGCUCCUAAUCCAACAAAAGAUACACCCAAAUCUUCCACAGCCAAAGAGAACAGAUAAAACCUUAUUUUAGCCUGGCUCCAGAAGACCCAGACUCAUUUGACUGUCACCUUUUUCGAUAAAUAUUUUGAGGUUCAGUAUGAAUAAGACAAAGGCUUUUAAUGAUGGUUUUCCUUUCCUGAACAGUAAGAACUGGAGCACAAACCGAAGCUUCCCGGUGCACAUUUCUAAUCAGUGCAAGAACAUCACCGACCUUACUGUCUUUCUGGCCACUUCAUACAGCUUGGAGACUAUCCUAGGCAUUGUGGGAAACAUAUGUCUGAUUGCUGUCAUUGUCCGGCAGAAGGAAAAGGCCAAUGUCACCAACAUACUAAUUUCCAACUUAAUAAUUUCAGACUUGUUUAUGUGUAUUGUCUGUCUGCCUUUUACUGUUGUUUAUACCAUGAUGGACUACUGGAUAUUUGGGGAAGUCAUGUGCAAAAUGACCUCUUUCACUCAGUGCACAUCAGUGACGGUGUCAAUUCUUUCCCUUGUCCUUAUUGCUCUGGAAAGACAUCAGCUCAUCAUAAAUCCGACUGGCUGGAGGCCUAGUAUCUCCCAAGCCUAUCUAGGAAUUGGAGUAAUUUGGAUUUUAGCAUGUCUCAUGUCCCUGCCCUUUUUGACCACAUCCAUCUUAUCUAAUGAUUUGUAUAAGCAGCUCUCACACAUCAUGAAUUUUUCUACUGACAAGGCCAUAUGCAUUGACUCGUGGCCUUCUGAGCAACACAGACUUAUCUACACGACCACUUUACUGCUAUUGCAAUACUGCAUCCCGCUGUUCUUCAUUAUACUUUGCUACUUGCGUAUCUACUUACGUCUACAGAAGAGAAAGGACAUGUUUGAGAAGAGUGAAUAUAGCAACCGAGCAGUUCAGCUGAGAAGGAUAAAUAUUUUGUUAGCGUCCAUGGUUGCUGCUUUUGCUGUUUGCUGGCUACCACUGCAUGUCUUCAACACCAUUGUGGACUGGAAUUACAAAAUCAUUUCCCCUUGCUACCACAAUCUCAUCUUCUCAUUGUGCCACCUAGUAGCUAUGGCUUCCACCUGUGUCAACCCUGUUAUCUAUGGUUUCCUGAACAGCAACUUCAAAAAAGAAGUGAAGUCUUUGAUUCUGGGCUGCCAGCAUAAUUCAGUAAACGCAUCAACGGAAGAAUACGAUCAUUUGCCUUUAUCCACCAUGCAGACUGAAAUUUCCAAGGGCUCACUAAUGUUGAACUGCAGACAUAAUUCUAUCUAGAGGUAGAAAACAUUUCAGAGGAGCACACCGACACCACACACCAUUACCUGUAGGUAUAAAAAGCAAGUGGUGAUCCCAUAUCUGGGAUACGAACAGGAACCCAUUACUGCCUGAUGUUUGGAAGAACAAGCAAAGGAUUAUUGUAAAUGUAUACAGCAGAUUCUGUGGAACACAAGCUGUUCAUGUCAUUGAGAUGGUACAGACAUUGAGGAGACUGGGCUGAUGUGUACAAGGCUGCUAUAAGAGACCAGUAACUAAGUGGUGGCUGCACUUAGACUGGUACAGGGUUCAUCAGCUAAGCUCCUGUCUCUACUGUGGCUGCAGGAAAGACCAGACUUCCAGUUUCAGCACUGCAGACUGUCAAAAUCUGCAUUAGAGAAGACAGUCUCAGUUUUUCAGUAUUAACAAGAUUUUUAUGGGUGGCUGACGCACCAGCAGAACAGAGAUAUGUAAAUAUAUAAAUUUUUGUGGUCUACCAGCUCUCACAAACUAUUAGAUUAGAAUAAUCUUCCAGGAGAUCCAGUUCACAACGAACAACUAGAUGUUUGUAUGAAACCUCUUUUGGUCAUAUAGGCUUGGGAUUAACCAUUGGCUCUGCAAGUAGGAACACAGGACAAUGAACUUGGUAUUUGAAGAUGACAAUUACCUAUCGAAGGAUGGUGAACAAUGAAAACGCUAGUGGACUAAGCUCUUAAACACAAUGAGAUGACACUGAGCCUUAUUUUUAAGUAAGUGAAAAAUAGUUGUAGAUCUACAUGGAAAUGAGUCUGGUUGACUUUGCAAUUCCUGUUGCUGUCUGUCACAAACUCUACAAUGGUAAAACUGUGUGCCACAAUGGUACAAGGUGGCCAAAUUAUUGGAGUUGUUCUAGGUCUUGGUGGCAAGAUGUUACUUCUGCUUCAGCAGCUCCCUGAUAUCUUAAUGCCAAAGUAUCUCUUUCAGAAGGUCAGAAUGAGAAUGAAAACAUUUGUAGAAAUUGUGUUUUUUCAGGAUGGGUAUGCUCCCAAAGAAGCAAGCAUGGGUUUCCUGGUAAAAUAAAACUGGUUAUCAGAUAUCAGUCCCACUCACUGGCAUCAGCAACAGAGAUAGUGCUGAAAUUCCAGCUAAUCUGUAGAAGGUCAAUGAAAAUACACAAGUGGAAUCCAGGUCAGAUUAAAGCAUAGCUACAUGUAAAUAGGUAGUAUUGUUGAUUGCUCUACUAAAGCGAUGGUCAUGUCUUCACACAUCUGUGGUAUUUUAGUCUUUUUUUCACAGAACCUGCAAAUCAUAAAAUCAUUUUAACUCUGGUGCCAGAGACAUUGCUCAGUGACUACUGAGAAACCAAGAAGCAGGUGCGUCCAAGAAGCCCAUAUGGAAGAAUGGAUUCAAAAAAGUCAGCAAGUGUAAGAGGACCAACAAGGUCAAUGCUAAAGAAAUAUGGAAGCAUAUUCUGUCCUAAGUUAUUAAACUAACCUUAGCAGAAGGCUGGAUUAGUUGAUCACCAGAAGUAAUUUCCAACCCGAAUUAUGCUAUGUUAAGCAGUUGUUACCCAUUGUAGUCAGUGGGUUUGUAUUGAAUUGAAGCUAACCAAUGCAGAAUUAUGCAGACAGCUAGAAACUCCUUAGCUGAAAGCUCUCCAAUUAGAUAAAUUGAUAAACAGGUGAGGACAAAAUUCUUGCCAUGCCACAGUCUGACAAGCAGUAUAGAUGUUGUACAGAGUGUCUGAAGGCAACAGCAAAACUUUGUGCUAGAAGGUAGCAAGAGCUAUCAACAAAUACGAGAUCAUGUGUUUAUCUGGCAGAAAUGGGAGUUCACACCAUGUCACGAGCUGGAUGCACAGAAAUCUGGCAAAACUUUGGACUUGAAUUUUUGUGUGCAGAGGUAUAAGGCAGAAGCUGUUCCAAUGUAGUCAUCCUUCUAAUUCUAGGCAGAACCAGUAUAUCUCAGUAAGAAAGUUCAUGUGUGACUACCUUUUGUACCUUCCUCAAUUAUCUGGCAAGAUCUUUUUUUGCUUCUUUCAACUUGACUUCUGCUGUCUUUUUUUUUUUCUUCAUUACUUGCCACAGUAGGAUGAGAAGUGGUUUCUCUUGAUAUAUUUGUAUGCAAUGUCAUUUCUAGACUGGACAUUGAGUCUACUAGAAAUACAGAACAAAAGGAUUCUUCCUUUAUCUUACAUGCAGCCUGAAAUUUGCUACAGUGACUGAAACCAGAGCUGAUACAAGCAUGUGAUGAGUAGUACAAAAUACAGUAAACUACUUCAUAUCAGCUUGGUUUAUACCAGGGCUUAAAUACUGCCUACGCUUUGUAGUGGUUUUGUAUUUAGGACCAAUUUAAUCCAUUUAGCAUUGAGUAUAGACUCAAAUACUUGUUAUAAUUCCAGCAUUUACUCAGCUAAGUUGUGUGUCAAGCUAUUGUAAGACUACUCUGCUAAAAAUGAACAUAGAAGAUUAUCUGACUUAUGAUCUUACAUAUUUAACUUUUCAGGCACCAGUGUCUUAAGUGGAAACACAAUUACUUUCAGAGUUUGUACUUCCAUGAAUGUGUCUUCGCUGCUAGUUCUAGGCGAAAACUUUUUGAUAGCGCGCUUACAAUAUUUUAGAGACCUGUCACUAGAGCUAUGCAUUUGCAUUGUGUGUUAGGCCCCAGUUCUUCCUGCAAAGGACAGAAAUAUUAGUGAGGUGUGACUCUUUGUUUAACUGCAAUUCAUGUGGCCAUUUGUAUUCAUGAUCACAAAUAAAUUUGUAAAGCAAGCAGAUCCAAUUUUACAGUAACCCAGAUGGACACAGACAGAUGUAUCUUCCUCCAGUGAUUAAGGGAAGUAUCAAGCUUGGAGUCAAAUACUGCAUACUGCUAGCAGAGUUCAGACUGGAUAAACCGAAGUAUUUAAAUAUUAAAAGCCAUCAAACUGCACCCAUACACCUAAGUGCAAAAAUGCAGAUCCUCAAAACUCACAACCAGAUGCUGCCUAUCCAUCUACUUACAUACAAUCUUGAGGUCCAUAUUUUUCAACCUUUUCAAUUCCCUAGGUAACUAAGUAAACUUUGGAGUAAACAUAGGAAAAAAAAUCCAACUUCCAAAGGACGGAAUAUCUACGCCAUGUGCAGGCUCUGUUUUUAUUUACACAGUAGGUAUUCUGCUGGCACAAACAGCCUUAACAGGAAAGGUGCCUUUAUCACCACUUCUUCAUCCUGUAUGGACACUAAAGCUUAUGCAGCAGUGCACAAACGCAGUAGAGGAUAUAAAGCUGCUAGUUUAAGAACUGCUUUAGCAACCAUUCCCUUUGAAGGCAAAGGCACAAGGCUUGAUGCAUUUAUGCCUGUAUAGUUGAAAGAGCCAUUUUGUUUGUCACUUUGAGCUUUAAUACAAGCAAGGGAGGGCUAAGUGUCUUUGGUCCCAGCAAAGGAUAACAGAACAAAAAUAGCUUAUGUAAAUAUUAUCCAUUUGUAAAUAACAAAUAAGGUUCAUAUCUAAGAGCAUUUUUAUGUUCAUCAAAUACAAUGAUGCUUUUAAGUAUCCUCUUUGCAAGGUUUUGCUAUUGAGUUACAAAAGGGAUGUUGGGGAAACACGCAGGAGUUGUGCAAGAGUUCACACAAUUCUAAGACCUUACCCUGCUUUUCUUUUUUUAAAAAGCUUUUUAUAAUCCUGCCUCUUGUGACGUUGUAAGAAGACAGUAAGUUUUUCAGAGCAAGAAAACAAUGUAUUUGCUGUGAUAUGUGGCACGCUAUGGUGAGUCUAAUAAUAAAUAAAACAG